AUGGAAGGUAGAAAAGGCUACAAGUUUCUCAACUGGGCACGCACCUACUCGUGCACGCCACUUCUCUACUUUGAGCCAUCGACACUGCAAGAAAUUCAAGAAUUAUUGGGGCGAGCGAAGCGAGAGCGCAAACAUGUGAAGGUGGCCGGUUGUGGGCAUUCGCCGUCGGAUAUUGCCUGCACGACGGACUACAUGAUAAGCUUGCGCAAGUUCAAUCGGGUGCUUGAGGUUGAUACCCAACGAAUGACAGUCAAAGUAGAGGCCGGCAUAUCGCUAGCAGAACUCAAUAAUCUUCUUCCUAAACAUGGACUUGCACUAAGCAAUUUGGGAUCUGUUGAUGGGAUAUCGUUGGGUGGAGCUAUGGCUACUGCCACACAUGGUACAGGAGGAGAGUAUGGUGUGGUGUCUACACAUGUGUUGUCUCUGGACUUGCUGGUUGCAUCUGGUGAAGUCCUUCAUUGCUCUCGGACGUCAAACACGGACGUUUUCUUGGCGUCUCUUUGUGGCCUUGGAUCUCUUGGUGUUGUCGUCUCUGCGACUGUUCAAUGUGAGGCUGCUUUCAAAUUGCACCAACAGCAGAUGGUGACCACAUUAGACAAAGUAUUAGAGAACCUAGAAGAGCACAUUUCAGCUUGUGACCACUUUCGCUUUUGUUGGUAUCCGCACACCGACAACGUCAUAUAUUGGUAUUGCAAUCGAACCAAGAGGCCAGUGAAGAAAGAGGGUAGCUGGUUUUGGAACUACGGAGUUGGAUAUUACUCACUUGAGUUUAUGUAUUGGUUGAGCUCAUUUUGGUCUGGACUCGUGCCGUUUAUUAAUCACACGUAUUACAAACUGGUGUAUGGAGUGCCUGCCGAGACAGUGGCUCGUAGCGACAAGGUAUUUGGCUUCGAGUGUUUGUUCAAGCAGUAUGUUAUGGAGUGGGCCAUUCCAAGAGCUGAGACAGCUAAAGCGUUAAAUGAGCUGAAGAGGUGGAUUGAAAUCAAUAAAUUUCCUGCUCAUUUUCCAGUUGAGGUAAGAUUUGUGAAGAAGGAUGACAUCUGGUUGAGUCCAGCACACGGUCGUGAUUCAUGUUAUAUCAAUAUUGUAAUGUACAGGCCAUACGGCAAGCUAAUUUCUCACGCUGACUACUGGGCUGCAUUUCAAAAGAUUGUCACAGCAGUCGGCGGUCGCCCACACUGGGCCAAAGACCACACACUCGGACGAGACCAACUACAAGAGCUCUACCCGAAAUUCAAAGAGUUCGCUGCCUUACGUAAGAAACUGGAUCCAACCGACAUGUUUAUGAACGACUACCUACGACAAGUAUUUGAGAUGCAGUCGGAUGAGGCUGCAGGAAGGAGGACGUUCGCAGAGGUGACAGUCUAAGACUGGCAGUUACUUACAAUACAGUUGAAUGACUUGGAAGGUGGUAGAGCAGUUAAUUUAUAUUCUGAGGUCUGAUUGGA